GAGUAGACACUGAAGGGUGAAUUAUUGAUGAGCGAAAUGAUGUUUUCUAAAGAAAUACUGAAACGUGAAGCUCUAACGUGUAUCUUGUUGUAAUAGUAGUUGUUUGGGAGCGUUUUACAGUCAAAAUGUGGCUCUUUGCUGAACCAACGAUGGUUUUACAUACAUAACGGUUAAUUGCAAAACCCCUCAACCGUCAAGAUGUAAGUAACUGGUAUUCUGGCUGUGAAACCUGAGCCGGGGCCAAAUAUAGCCCCACACAGUGAGCAGUUAGAGACCGGGACAGAUGGGACAGCAGGCCACUGCAGAGGCAGUACGCAAUUGGACCCUGAACCUGAGAGAUCCUGCUGACUGUCUGACCAAUAGGGCUGCUCUUCUGGAAAGAGAAGCUUCUUUUUGGCUCAUUGUGACUAAUAAACGAGACAAACCUGGAAGCACAAAACCAGGAGGAAGCGUUUGGACAGACAGCCCACUUUAAGGAUGCAGGACGGGAGUUGGAAUCAGCCGCUCCCCAUUUCUCUGCUGCUGAAGGACCCGGCAGGAGGCAGAUCUUUGGAGGGCGAUGGAGGGAUGUUUUCUGAAGCGUCCUCUGAUGGGGAACUCUACCUGGACUCAGUGACAGAGCUGGAUUCUGGAGAUGGAGACUUUGCAGAUCUUACUGCCUUCUUAAGUGCAGACGAGAUAAACCAUAGCCUGGACCUGGCCCGAGAGGCCUUUGGUGACCAAGUUGAAUCUGAAGAUCCAGGCCCCUCUAAUCCUACGCCCCAGGAGCAGGCUCUCCAACAUGUCCAAUCUCUUCUUUUGCCCCCCCAGACUACUGAAAACCUCACCACAAGCUCAAAACUGCAGCAUCAGACCAAAUCCCCCUACACAGAUGACAGUGUAGCAGUUGAAGCCUCAUCCAGCCAUAAUGUACCCCUCAGUAAACCUGUACAAGUGUCCAGUGAGGCUCCAUCCUCUUCUGAGAAGGUUGUCCGCCACAAACCAGUCCAGCCAGUGUAUAAGAUGGAUAAACCCCGGCUGCUUCAUGAAGGCCUGGAGCUUAACGAUCGAGCAGGUUCAGCCACAGAGUUCUGUAGCCGAGCUGCCACAUUCAUCGAGGAGCUGUCAUCCAUCUUCAAAGGCUCUGCUCACCUGGAGCCACAGGUGGAGGAGGACUCUUCCUCUCCUGACAGUGGCUACUUGUCCCCGAGGAGUCGGCGACCAGUCCCUCAGGGUUCUGCCUCUGUUCCCUCUGUGCCUCCCAGCCAACAGGAGCAGGCACAGUACAGUCAGCCGGCAAUGAGCAUGGAGCCUCAGCCGGAAGGCCCGUUGGGAGUGGCAGCUUCUGCGAGGUACCAACACUCUGGAGCUCCAGCCUCACAUGGACUGCUGUCUCCUCCUUGUUUCCUCCAGAAGCUGAAGAGUCAGGAGGUGGCAGAAGGAAGCCCCAUUCGCCUGGAGUGCAGAGUCACAGGAAACCCCCAGCCGCUGGUCAGGUGGUUCUGUGAAGGCCGAGAGCUGCACAACUCUCCCGACAUACAGAUCUGGAGGGAUGGUGACCUGCACACACUGGUGAUAAGUGAAGCCUUUGAGGACGACACAGGACGGUACACCUGCGUGGCCUCCAAUAGUCUCGGAGCGGACAAUACCUCUGCUGAAGUUUACAUUGAAGGAGCGUCAUCAUCAGACUCAGAAGGAGAGGGAACUGGGUCACACUCCAGAUCGGGAACCAUGCCUCAAGUUCAGAAGAAGACCACUUCAAUGUCCCUGACAAUACGCUCAGCAUCACCAAAAACCCAUGAGGUCCUUCCUCAUCGCUCCACCCUGGUCCAGGCCCUGUCUCAGCCCCCACAGAGGAUGCAGAGCCCAGUGUCGUCACUGUAUGGUGGUGAGGCCUCAGGUCCUCCUAUAUUCACCAAGCUGUUGCAGGAUGCCCAGGCAUCUGAGGGCCAGGUGGUGGUUCUGGAGUGCAGGGUCCGUGGAAGCCCUCCUCUGCAGGUCAGAUGGUACCGCCAGGGAGAGGAGAUCCUGGACUCUCCUGAUUUUCGUAUUCUCCAGAAAAAACCUCGAUCUGCAGCUGAGUCAGAGGAGAUCUGCACCCUGGUGAUAGCUGAGGCCUUUCCAGAGGAUGGAGGUCUGUUCUGCUGCACUGCGUCCAACCCGUAUGGUUCCAUUAACAGCACGGCCCAUCUCAGCGUCACUGCAGCAGCCGAGGACUCAUCCAGUAAUGGCAUGUCUGGUGACAGCUCAGGGUUUGAGGAUGCGGCAGCCUUCCCCCCUCCUCCUCCACCCACCGAAAUCAGUCUCCUAGAGCUGCCACCCAAGGUGCUGCCUCCUCCUGGAACUGAGGCUGUCCAUAUCAAGGAGCUGGAGAUCUGGCCCAGUGUGUCAUCCCUGCCUCCAGUCCAGAUGGGCUCAGAGGUGGAGGAUAAGGUCAAAGGGUCUAUACAGAAUAUACAGCCCCCAAAUCCACCACCACCACCACCAAGCCCGCCUAAAGCAGCCACACCACCACCUCCACCUCCACCUCCACCCCCACCUCCACCUCUGCCACCAUCCAACCUUUUUACAGACAUCACAGCCUGGAGUCCAGCCCAGGUGGCACCAGACUCACCUCCAUCCCUAGGCAAGCUGUCUCCAUCCCCUGGGAAAGACGGUCCUCCGCUGCCUACCAAGCCCAAACCGAAGCUGAACGCAUCCCAGCUGAAGCAGCUGCAAGACCAGAUUCUAUUGGAGCAGCAGGAAGCAGCCAACUGGCAGCAGCAGGAACAGCAGAACCAGGCAGUCCCACCUCCACCUCAGCAACCACCUCAGGAAGUGCCUCCAUCUUCUCCACCGUCUCCACCUCUACCCCCUCCUCCCUCCUUCCAGGAGCUGGAGAGUAACACAGCCAUGCAGGCCAGCACCUUCAACUACGCCCGGCCCAAGCAGUUCAUCGCUGCUCAGAGCCCAGGCGGGGCGGGCUAUGUCACCCAGUCCUCUGGCUCCUCCGGGUCCAGCCUGUCCUCGCCCCUGUCUCCUCCCACCUCUCACAAGCCCUUCAGCAGGGUCACCUUGCCCCCUUUUACCAAGUCCAGCAGCGUGGAGUCUCCAAGCUCUCCAUCUUUCCCGCCGCCACCUCCACCCUUCUUCAGCUCAAGCAACCUGUCCUCUCCAUCAGGCCCAGCCCAAGACUUCCCUCCACCUCCGCCUCCUCCUCCUCCACCUAUCUCCUCAUCUCCAGCCUGCUCGGAUAUGUCCUCGCCGUUCUCCUCCGUCCCUCCAUCUCCAGCCUCCAGCUUCCUGUCCUCAGUGUUACCCUCCACCCCUUCAUCACCUGGCAGUCCUAUUUUCAACGCUCUGGGCCUUCCGAAAGGCAACGGGACUAUCAAAGCGUUCCCCAGGAAGUCCUCGGUCACCAGGACGCCCCGGGCCCCUUCUGACUCCGACAUCCAAGGAUCCAAAGACGCCGUCAUCCAAGACUUGGAGAGAAAAUUGCGCUUUAAAGAGGAGCGCAUAAGCAAUGGUCAACAGAGGUUAACCUAUGAGGAGAAGAUGGCUCGCAGACUGCUGGGUGCUGACAACGCUGCCACAGUCUUAAACUCACAGGAGACGGAGGAGGAGCCCAUCACACAGGAAGACAAGUCAUCUGACAGAGAAUCUUUCCCUCAAAAGGAGUACAAAGUGUCCAGCUUCGAGCAGCGCCUCAUCAGCGAGAUUGAAUUCCGUCUGGAGCGUUCUCCAGUGGAGGAGUCAGACGACGAUGUGCAGCACGAUGAAGACUCUGCCGGCCAGGGGGUGGCACCGUCCUUCGACCAGAAGUUAAAACACUACAAAGUCUUCGAGGGCAUGCCGGUCACCUUCUCCUGCAAGGUCAUGGGAGACCCCAAACCAAAGGUCUACUGGUUCAAAGAUGGCAAGCAGAUCUCCAAGAGGAGCGAGCACUACAGGAUCAGCCGCGACGCUGACGGGACCUGCUCCCUGCACACCGCCGCAGCCUCACUGGAUGAUGACGGCAACUACACCAUCAUGGCAGGCAACCCUGAGGGCAGGGUGAGCUGCACCGGCAGGAUGAUGGUCCAGGCGGUGAACCAGCGAGGCCGCAGCCAGCGCUCGACACCCGGACACAUGCGCAGACCCAGGUCCAGGUCUAGAGACAGCGGCGAUGAGAACGAUAACAUCCAGGAGCGUCACUUUCGCCCACACUUCCUGCAGGCGCCCGGUGACCUCAUCGUUCAGGAGGGCCGACUGUGCAGGAUGGACUGCAAGGUGAGCGGCCUGCCCACACCUGACCUCAUCUGGCAGUUGAACGGACAGACCAUCCGCCCCGACUCCGCUCAUAAGAUGCUGGUGAGGGAAAACGGCGUGCACUCAUUGGUCAUCGAGCCCGUCACCAGCCGCGACGCGGGCAUCUACACCUGCAUCGCCAGCAACCGAGCCGGACAGAACUCCUUUAACCUGGAGCUCAUCGUUGCAGCUAAAGAGAUGCACAAGGCCCCUUCGUUCGUGGAGAAGCUGCAGAACACGAGCGUGGCGGAGGGUCAUCCUGUCAGACUGGAGUGUCGCGUUGCAGGAGUCCCGUACCCACAGAUCUUCUGGAAGAGGGAGAAUGAGUCCUUCACUCACAACACAGACAGAAUCAGCAUGCACCAGGACAACUGUGGCUACCUGUGCAUGAUCAUCCAGCCGGCCAUGAAAGAAGAUGCUGGCUGGUACACAGUGUCAGCCAAGAAUGACGCAGGCAUCGUCUCCAGCACUGCACGCCUCGACGUCCACGCUCAGUGGCAGCAGCCCAACCUCCCCAAGCCCAAGAAGGUGCGUCCCUCCACCAGCCGCUACGCCGCACUGACAGAGAGAGGGCUGGACGUGAAGGCAGCCUUCUUCCCCGACUCCAGCCCGCUGCAGCCCGGCGGCCUGGUGGAAAGUGACGACCUGUAGACACCACAGGGAGGAUUGCGAUGUCAAAAAAACCCCAAAACCCUGAAAGCUGCCCAUAUACCCCCUGUCCACCUGAGGGACUCUAUCACUGAACUGCAGAAACAGAACUAAAGGGUCGGUGGGCAGAGUGAGCCGGUGCAGCGGCACAUUUCAUAUGUUUUUAUAGUCUGACACAAUCCAUUAUAUCACAGAAUCCAUUCAAGUUGUUGCCCCAUGCUUCAUUUUAUCAACUGGACCUGGAAUGAUUGAAGUGUUUACCACGAGGAAAGACUGCUCAUAAAUACGCUCUCUCAUGUUUCGUGAACUGUACGACUGUUGACUCUGUUUUGCAUCUUUUUAAGUGCCUCUCAUGUCUGUAAAGAUUUAAAAACAUGUUUAAAAAUGAAACAUAGAAUUACUAUGCAUGUUCAAGUGGUGCCAUUUGAAUUACACAGACUAAUACUGUAUCUAUACGUAGCACUGCACCGACUUUGUGUAGAAGCGGGACAGAAAAGAGGCUGAAUGACUCAAAGCGUUGGAGCUUUGACAAAGAAGAUCACAGACUUAAUUAUGUGGGCUUGUGUAGCACAGUGCUGAUAUCUACAGGUUGUAGUCGGGGCAUCAUACAGUCUCAGUAAUGUCAGGUAGAGUAGCUUACAGAUAUUGGAAAAGGCCGGGCCUUACAAACAGUAUGUUUAGUGUUUUUUGUUUUUUUUUUAGCAAAAGAAAUGAGGUUUGGGGAAGAGGAACGCUCACACGUGAGUGAUUUGAUUGUUUGUGGGUGCAGCAGAACUUAAAGAAGGUCAGAUCUGACAGACACAGGAAGGGACAGCGACGGAAACAGGCAGGUUUUUGUGACGGACAUGUAUAAUGUGGUAAGUUAACGUUUGAUAGAGGGAUGUGAAGAUGACAGGAAACUUUUGGUGGGUCAUUUUCGAGAUUUUUUUUUUUCUUUUCUUCUUUGAUGGUUUAUUUUAAAACGUGUGAAUUGAAAUGCUCUCACUCCAGAGAGGGUGCUGUGAAAGGUUUCAGUAUUUGUCACACACGUCACAGAUUGUCCAUUUUAUUUUUGUAUGAAAAAAAAAAAAAGACUCCCCCCCCCCAGCAAUCUUUACGUAAAUUAUCUCAGCAGCCUUUUGUUCACUGAUGAAACAACCUUCUCUGUAUCAUGAUGUUUUAUAAAUACAUUUACUGCCUUAAAAACACUUUCAGGCUCGAUACAAACACAACUUCUUUGCAUGUUACUUUUGGACGUAGUGCCAAACAACUUUUUUUCCAGGAUGUAUAAAAACACUUUUCACCCAGAAUUCAAGAGUAGAAAACACUCCAGGCUGGUGAAAAGUGAAAGGCAAGGUAUAUUUAUAUCUACUAUUUUUGUCACCUCUGUAACUCCAUACAAAGUGGACAUCUUUCUCUUUGUCUGUUCAGAGCUUGCAUCAGCUGACAGUUAACUGUGUUUGCACAUUUCUAUGCCAAUCAAUGCCUGUAUAUGGAUUGUUCUCUUGAUAUUAUUUUAGGUUAUGAAAGUUAAUAAAAAUCAAACUCAUAAGA